AUGAGCAGCAAGUGGCCGCCCGCUCUCAAAGCGUUCGUCAACGAGACGUUCGCCAAGUGCACCGACGCCAACCGCCAGGCCGUCGAGCUCGAGCUCAAGCAGGUCAUCUACCAGGCGUUUGAGAAGGGUCAGCUGCACAGCACCGACUGGAAGAACUACAAGCUCAAGAGCCUCAGCCCUCCGACCAAGCGCAAAGCGUUCCUCCCGUCCACGCCCGCCUCGAACGGCAUCACGCCCGGCCUCCCCGACGAGGAGGACCGACGGGCAAAACGCGCCAAGCGCUUCGAGCAGGAGCAGAUGCAGAGCCAGGCGGGCGGGUCGCUCGCGGGGAGGAUGGCGCAGGGCAGACUCGUCCAGGGAGGGGUGCACUCGUACGGCGGCGCAGCGGGAGCGUACGGCGGGGCGGGCAUGGCGAUGGACACAGACGCGGUUUACGACCCCAACGUCAUCGACUGGGACCAGCACACGAUCGUCGGCAAGAGCCAAAAGCUCGAAAAGCCCUAUCUGCGACUCACGACCCUGCCCGACCCGAACACGAUCCGCCCGCUCGAGGUGCUCAAGCAGACGCUCGAGCUCAUCAAGAAGAAGUGGCGAGAAGAGAGCAACUACGGCUACAUCUGCGACCAGUUCAAGUCGAUGCGCCAGGACCUCAUCGUUCAGCGCAUCACGAACGACUUUACGGUGCAGGUGUACGAGAUCCACGCGCGGAUAGCGCUCGAGAAGGGCGACCUCGGCGAGUUCAACCAGUGCCAGUCUCGGCUGCAUCAGCUGUACCGCCUCGGCCUCGGCGGCCAUCCGCAAGAGUUCCUCGGCUACCGCAUCCUGUACCUCCUCUUCUCUCGCGCUCGAGCCGAGCUCAACUCGACGCUCGCCGACCUCACGCCCGAGCAGACCCGGGACAACUCGGUCGCGCACGCCCUCUCUGUCCGGCUCGCCCUGUCGCAGGGCAACUACACCAAGUUCUUCCGCCUCUUCGCCAGUGCGCCCAAGAUGGGAGCUUACGUCAUGGAUCACUUUGUCGCUCGCGAGCGCGUCACGGCGCUCGUCACCAUGUGCAAGGCAUACUCGCAGGGCCUGCCGCUCUCCCUCGUCCGCUCCCAGCUCGGCUUCGACACGCCCGAGGAGGCGCACGACUUUCUCUCGGGCCACAACGCGGCGCUGUACAAGGACGCGCCGCUCGGCACGCAGGUCGGCGACCGGCAGCUCGACGCCAAGCGCGCGAGCGGACCCCUCGCCGACGUGCUGCAGAAGUUUCAGGUGUCAGACCUCAAGGGCCAGAUCUGA